ACGUGACCUUUCAGCUGUGUUUGUCAAGCAUGGAUAUGGAAUAAGUAAGGAAGCUUACCUACCUAGCUAUUUAAGGCUUUUAACAAGUUAUAUGUACUACUACUUUCAUUUAUUCAUAAUGGGAUGGAUUCGAUCGUCGUUUCUUUCUUCUUAAACUCAUGAAGCACUCGGACAGACUGCGACGGUUACAUUUCCUGGGUAAAGUUUAGAGUACACAUCGAGAUGCUGAGGUUCAUUACUGUCCGGGAUUUGGGUGUAGUCUUAAAAGGAAGUAACUUUCUGAUUCCCACUACCACAAAGAGACGAGUUAUCAGCUUUCCUCCGGUAGCUAGCGCCUGCCGUCAUUGGGUAUCCAUCUUUAAUCGCCACUUCCACACUGGAAACCUUCUGAGGAAAGAUGUCCCUCUGCCAAAGCCCCUGGACUCCGAGGGAGCAGACAAAAUAGAUUUGGACAAAUGGAAAACUGUGAUGAGAUCGAAAGCUGCGCUGGAGGAGGGACUCCAAGUGAACGAUGGUGAAGAGGAGGAAGCAAGUGAUGAGGAUGAAACCAACACAAACAACAGCAGCUCGACACUGGAGGCAACCCGCGACCUAGUGGCCAUGUGGCGGCAAGCUGGGAAGCUUGUACCCCAAGAGAUAACUGAUGAACAACUUCAGCACCUGGCAGAACUCACCACCAAGUCCGCCAGGAAAAAACACCUGAAAUAUCUGGCACUAAAGGAAGGAUACAAAAAGGCCCGCAAAGAGAAACAACAGCAGAAGAAGGCUGAGAAGCAGGCCAUGCUGGAGCAGAGAAGAAGAGAUGCAGAGGAAGGGGAUGGUGAGGAGGGGAUCAUAUGGAAGAACACAUUAUUCCUCCAGUUCUGGAGCCGCACCCUGGACAAGCUCCUGGGUUGGCGUACCGCCCAGGCCAUGAUAUUUGGUCAACCUCUCAUCUUUGACCUGAGCUAUGAGGCCAACAUGUCCAAACGGGAGAUAGAAAACACAGUGUCCCAGCUGAUGGAGGUGGAGGGGUGGAACCGACGUGCCACUGAACCCUACCACCUACACUUUUGCAACCUGCAGCCAGACAGUUACUACAAGCAGGAGUUGCUGAAACGCUAUGGUGCAGAGACAUGGGACCGCCUGCUUAUAACCAGCACUGAGAAACAGCAUGUGGAUUUGUUCCCCCGUGAGAGACUUGUUUACCUCACAGCAGACUCACCAAAUGUUCUCCGUACCUAUGACCACUCCAAGGUGUACAUCAUUGGAGGCCUAGUGGACCGGUCUAUCCAGUCAGGCUUGUCAUUAGCAAAUGCCAAGCGUCUGAAGCUGGCCACAGCCCGUUUACCACUAGAUGAAUUCCUCCACUGGGAGAUUGGAGCCAAAAAUCUGACACUAGAUCAGAUGAUGCGCAUCAUGCUCACCUUCAAGGAAACAGGAAAAUGGGAGGAAGCAUUAAAAUUUGUGCCUAGGAGGAAGCACGACGGGUUCCACCAACAGCAGGUUGUAGGAAAACAUGAUAGAAAGAGUGAGAAAACAUUUAAAAGUGGGGGCCAUACUUUGAACAAGUCCCACAAAGACUCUGGGUUUUCUUGGAAGGGGAAAAAGAACACAGCAAUCAGUGAUACAGGAAUGAACCCAGCUGGAAGCAGAGUACGGACAUCACUGAGGAGCAGCUUGGAGGGAGGGAAAACUACUGGAAAAAAUAAGAUGUGGUGGAUUCAUGAGUGAAAAAAAACAACUUUUGGUAUCAGUGUCAUUUCUUAGUAUCGUUUGAGAAUGUCAAAAGGUGAAUAAAGUGAUGUAACAGGAGAUUACUGGUUAUAUUUAUUUUUACAGAUUCAGAAACAAUCCAAGUCAAAACAAGAUUUCAAAAAGGUAGAAACAACUUUGGUGUUUAUUUUGAUCAGACAAGAAAAACACUGUUUCAAAAGAUGUAUAAAUAUCAUUAAAGUGUGGUUUCACUCAA